UCAGCCCCCUUCCUCACGUCACGCGUUUACCACCUCCACCCUCCUCCUCCCCUUCCUCCUCCUCGCCCUCCUGGCCUCCUCCAUUUUCUUUCCUCUCUAUAUUUGCAGGGAAACUCACAUUAUUUCCCAAUCCUUCUUUUUCCCUCUCCUUUUCCCUCCAACUUUUCCUCUUUCUUUUAAAUUCUUCUAUCUAUGUCACAGAUCCAUGGGAGGGAGAGACCCUCUAAUCUCUGUUAAUUCCUCUCUGUUUCCAGAUCCUUACCAACCCAGUUCACCUCAGCUCACCUAAUCUCUUCCAGCGCCUCAAUUCGCUGCCGUCCGAUCAGAAAACAUACAUCCCCACCGGCUCUUCUUGAUCAAAUUCCUCCAUGAAGACCACGUCCCGGUUGUUCACGAUCGGUCUAGUGGCCGCCUGGUACUCCUCGAAUAUUGGGGUUCUGUUGCUGAACAAGUAUUUGCUAAGCAAUUACGGAUUCAAGUACCCGAUCUUCCUUACCAUGUGUCAUAUGACUGCUUGUAGUUUGCUUAGCUAUAUAGCCAUUGCAUGGAUGAAGAUGGUCCCUAUGCAGACAAUUCGCUCUCGCCUUCAAUUCCUCAAGAUCUCCGCCUUGAGUCUCGUCUUUUGUGUAUCGGUCGUGUUUGGUAACAUUUCUUUGAGGUUCCUUCCCGUCUCUUUCAAUCAGGCUGUAGGUGCUACGACACCGUUUUUUACUGCUGUUUUCGCUUAUUUGAUGACCCUUAAGAGAGAGGCUUGGCUUACUUAUGUCACCUUGAUUCCAGUCGUUACUGGAGUAAUUAUUGCCAGUGGGGGUGAACCAAGUUUUCAUCUAUUUGGGUUUAUAAUGUGCAUUUCUGCUACAGCUGCAAGGGCACUCAAAUCAGUGCUACAAGGGAUUUUGCUUUCUUCUGAGGGGGAGAAGCUGAAUUCUAUGAACCUUCUUCUAUACAUGGCUCCUAUAGCUGUUGUCUUUUUACUUCCGGCAACUCUUAUCAUGGAAGACAAUGUGGUUGGUAUUACACUGGCUCUUGCCAGAGACGAUAUCAAGAUUGUUUGGUACCUACUAUUCAACUCAGCGCUAGCAUAUUUUGUAAAUUUGACCAAUUUUUUGGUCACAAAACACACCAGUGCUUUGACUUUACAGGUUCUAGGAAAUGCAAAAGGGGCUGUGGCUGUUGUGGUUUCAAUUUUAAUUUUCAGAAAUCCAGUUUCUGUAACUGGAAUGCUUGGUUACACACUUACAGUCUUUGGAGUCAUCCUGUACAGUGAAGCCAAGAAACGGAGCAAAUGAUGCGUAAAUCACUGAAAGCUUUUAUUGCAAUUUUCCCCAAAUAUAUAUUUUGUUUCCAUCAGUGCCAGGACUGUAACAACUUCUUCGGAAGGGACUUUGGGUUGCGAACGGUGCUAUGGAUUUUGCCCUCUAAAUUCUAUUUUUUUUACAGGGAAACCUGGAGAUUGGUUUCCAUUUGUAUCAGCAACAAGUUCAGGAUUAGCAGGAAGUAGAAAACUCAAAUAAGCGACUGAUUUAUCUCUAUUAGUCCCGGAUAGGGGUUGUAGAGGAAUAUCAUUUUAUCCUUCUUACCUUUUUUUUUUUUUGGUUAAUUCUUUCAGGAAAUGAUUGUAGAAUUGGCUUUCUACAGAAUCAGUUUGUUGUUGAUAUUUGUCAUAUUGAUUAAUUAAUGAAAAAAACCGUCCAAAUUUUUACUGUCA